AACACAGGGGAACAGCAACACAGUGAGGAGCUUCUCCAUCUCACAGCAGCAUGUCAGUACUUUAGGACUUCUCACUUCUUUUUUUCUAGUCUUACACAGAUCAAGAUCAGUGGUUUUACCAUGGAGUUGGGUAAAGUUCAUCUGAAUCUAAAGACAAUGCUUCUGACGAUGAUGAUGUUCAAAUGGGGAAUCCUCUGCACGGCCACAUCAGACAAAUGUUUGUCUGCACCCUGCCAGAAUGGAGCUACCUGUGUGGACACCAUGAAUGAUUAUGCCUGUAUCUGUGCCAGAGAAGGGGUCCGAUACAUGGGAAAAAACUGUGAUGAAUUCUAUGAUGCCUGCUCUUUUGCACCAUGUGAAGACUGUACUAGCACCCUUGGUACCACAGAAUACCACUGCAUCUGCCCAGAUGGACUAACAGGUGAUAACUGCACAGAGGAGGUGGAUGAGUGUCAGAGCAACCCCUGCUCCGAACCCCACUCUAUGUGUGUAGAUCAGCUGAACGGAUACUUCUGCAGAUGUCCUGCUGGGUUCGGAGGACAGGACUGCAGGACACAUGUGACUGACUGCAUCGAUGAACCCUGCAGGAACAAUGGGACUUGUGGAUUACGACCAGAUGGCUUUGAAUGCUACUGUGCACCAGGGUUUGAGGGGAAGACCUGUGAGGAAGAUGUGAAUGAGUGUUCAUCAGAGCCCUGUCAGAAUGGAGCCAUUUGUAUAGAUGGAGUGGCAGAGUUCCACUGCUUCUGUGUGCCUGGUUUUCAAGGCUACAACUGUGAAAUUGACAUCAACGAGUGUGCUUCACGACCCUGUGAAAACAAUGCCACCUGUAUCAACGAGAAGGACCACUACGAGUGUGAGUGCCUGGCAGGCUUUGCAGGAGUCAACUGUGAAACUGAAAUAGACGAGUGUGAGUCCAGCCCCUGCCGCAACGGAGCCACCUGCCACGACCUGACUGGCUUGUACUCAUGUGAAUGUCUGCCCGGGUUCGAUGGCAUCGACUGUGAGAUUGAUGUUGAUGAAUGUGUCAGUGAGCCCUGUCAGAAUGGAGCUGUCUGUCGUGACAUGGUGAACAGCUACGAAUGUGAUUGCAAUGAUACAGGAUUCCAGGGUGACCACUGUGAAGUGGACAUCCCUGAAUGUGCCUCCAAUCCCUGUCACCAUGGAGCCACAUGUCUAGAGGGAGUCAAAGGAUACACCUGCCUCUGCUGGCCUGGUUAUGAAGGACCAAACUGUGAGACUGACAUAGAUGAGUGUGCUGAGCAGCCUUGUGAAAAUGGUGGGGAGUGUUUUGAGCGUUCAGAUCCCUCUCACUUAGAGCUGGACUGGGAGCUCAGCUUUGCAGAUGCAGCUGGAUAUAUUUGCCAGUGUCAUCCCGGGUUUGCAGGAGAAAACUGCUCUGUCAACAUUGACGAGUGUGAGUCUGAACCCUGUCAGAAUGGAGGCACUUGUGAGGAUAAGAUCAGUGCCUACGCUUGUACAUGCUCUGUUGGAUUUCUAGGUGAGCUGUGUGAAGUUAACAUUGAUGAAUGUGAGAGCCAGCCCUGUCAGAAUGGUGGCUGGUGUGAAGACGGCAAGGCAUCCUACACCUGCCACUGUCCUGAGGCAGAGCCAGGUGAACUUCCUUGGGGAGGAGAUCACUGUGAUGUGAAACUCAAUGGCUGUGUGGAACAUGAAUGCCAGAAUGGAGCUACCUGCCAUCCAUGGCUGGAGAAUGGAGAACACAGCCACACAUGCUUGUGCCCUCAUGGCUUCUAUGAUGAGCAGUGCUCCACAAGAACAACAUUCUCCUUCUCCACUCCCGGAUUCAUUCACAUUCAGGUUGUUCUAGAAGAAAGGACCCGGAGGGAGGUUGAGCACCAUGUUCACAGAGGUUUUGGGGUACAGCUACGCUUCCGAACCACUAUACCCAAUAUGUUGCUUGUUUACAGAGGAGAUGUGGACAACCACCUCCUCCUGGAGAUUGUGAAUGGUGGUCUUCGUGCAAAAGCUUUUUCUGAGGAGUCUGAACUAGAUGUAACAUUCCCUGGUUUGGUUAGUGAUGGAGACUGGUGGGACGCUCAUGUGUUUGUAGAUAAAGAGGGUCUGGUUUUGAUUCUGAGAGGCCCUCGCUGUGACAGGGAUAGGUGUAGAGUUAUGGAUGGUGGUACAGAUGAAUCACCUUUCCAGCCCUCUGAAGCUUUUACUCACAUUUAUGUAGGUGGAGCACCAGAUGAGCUUUUGGAGUACUCUGUAAGUGGUGCAGGCUUCAUUGGAUGUAUGGAAGACCUGAUGAUAGACUCUAAGCCUGUCCUACCCCAAACACUUCCAGAGGACCAAGGCCAUGAGCUGGGAUGUACUAAAACUGAAUGGUGUAAGCUUGACCCCUGCUAUGGACAUGGACGCUGUGUAGACCUUUGGACCAGCUACCACUGUGACUGCUACCGUCCCUUCCACAGUGAGAGCUGCUCUAAAGAAUUCCCUUCUAGGACAUACAGCAAUGAGGAUACAGUGAGUUUCAGUGCUUACAAUGUGGGUAAGAGCCAUGGGACCAACUUCAACUUGUCCUUCUUCCUGAGGUCAGUAAAGCCAGACGGGCUUUUGUUCCAGCUGAGGAAACCCACAGAAGAAGAAGGAGGAGAGGUCUACUUCUCAGUCUAUCUGGGGAUGGGGAGGGUUUUGGUCAGCUCUCUGCCUAACAGUGUCCCACUGACAGCACCAAUAUUUGUUACCACUGGUGAGAAGCAACUUCUGCAGGUUGAAGUCCAACACAGACAAGUGAUCUUUGAACAUGCAGGCCUUCGCUAUGGAAUAGGAGAGAUCCCUGAAGUGAAUAUUAAUAGUGGAGAUCAGGCCUAUGUAGGAGGACUUCCGGGAGACUGGGGCUCUGAUGUGUGGGGGGGCCAUUACAAAGGUUGCCUGCAAGACCUUCGUUUAGACUCAGUGCAUCUAGAUGUGGAUGCCUGGAACAGCUCGGAUGAGGAGGAAGAGUAUUUACCAAGUGAUGCUCAAAAUGUAAAGAAGGGCUGUGUCAGUGAUGAUACCUGUAAGAUGAAGCCUUGUCAAAAUGGAGGAGAAUGCACCAUCACAUUCAAUGAUUUUACAUGUUCCUGUCUGGAGGAAUACACCGGAAAGACCUGUGAAACACGUGUGUGGUGUAAUAGUGAUCCUUGUGUCAAUGGCAGCCAUUGUGUGGACCUACCUGAUGGUUAUGAAUGUGUGUACAAUGCCACAUUUGAGAAUAACCCCGUGCAGUACAGUGCCGGAGGCUCCCUGACUGAACCUGUCUCUGAAAUAUACAUGGAGCUGCGGACUCGAUCAGAGAACGCUGUGCUCCUGAGGGCCUCCUGGGGCUCUGACCUGCUGAUGGUGGGUCUACUGGACUCUUCAGUAAGGGUAGAGAUCCACAUUGGCAACAGUGUUGAGACACUGAUCUUUACAGGCGUUCGUCGAGUGGCUGAUGGGAGCUGGCAUCGUGUGAACAUCUCAAUGGCUGAGAAGGAGAGUAAAGCCUCUCCUUGGGUCAUCACUGUGGAUGGAAUCACAGACACCAGCAGUGUGCCAGAGCAGACAGAAGGCCUGCACUUUAUCAAUGAGAAGGGGGCCGUGUUGGCAAUUGCAGAGAGCUUCACUGGCUGCUUGGGUGCAGUGAGAGUCGGUGGAGUCUACCUUCCUUUUACGGAUAACUAUAAAGCCCCACAGCUGUCUAAGUUCCAUUUAGUUGGAAAACCAAAGAUUCAUUUAGGUUGUACCAGCGCCCCUGUUUGUGAUUCGGAUCCUUGUCUAAAUGGAGCCACAUGUGAGGACCUCUUUAAUAAAUUCAGCUGUGUGUGUGACUCUGGCUGGGAUGGAGAACAGUGUGAGACAGACAUUGAUGACUGUGCUUCUCAGCCCUGUGUUCACGGAAGCUGUAAGGACUAUUUAGCUGGUUUCGAGUGCCAUUGCCAGCCAGGAUAUGCUGGCAUACUCUGCGAUGAGGACUUCGAUGAGUGUGAACAUCAUGCGUGUGAACAUGGGGGCACCUGUGAGGAUGGACCCAACAUGUACACCUGUGUAUGCCCCAAGGACUACAGUGGACCUCUCUGCCAGUGGGACUAUCCUCCAAAACAGUGUGGUAAAGAUGUCCAAUGUGAAAAUGAUGGUAUCUGCAAUGACGGGCUGUGGGGAGCCAAUUGUACAUGCAUGCCAGGUUUUACAGGCAGCAGUUGUGAAAGAGAGAUUGAUGAGUGUGAUUCUAACCCCUGUCGAAAUGGUGGUUCCUGUUUGGAUCAAUUCAACAUGUUUGUGUGUGAAUGCCUGCCUGGCUACAGUGGUCCAUUCUGUGACACCAAUAAACAAGCUCAUAAACAGGGCAUUCCCUGGCUGGUGGUAGCCAUCCCGCUGCUCUGCUUCUGUGUGCUGAUACUGACCAUCAGCUUGACCCUUAUGGUGCUCACAGCAAGGAAGAAGCGCCAGUCGGAGGGUGCCUACAGCCCCAGUGCCCAGGAGCUGGCUGGAGCUCGGCUGGAGAUGGACAGUAUGCUCAAAGUCCCACCAGAGGAAAGACUCAUCUGACACAAAGGCUGAAAAAUCAAAGGUGUUAGAGGUGAUCCGAGCACUGCGGGCAAGUGCACAGAACUAACUGUGGAUCUCGUGAAUCUAGUGAAUAUCUGGGAUUACCUGAAGGACAGAUGUUGUAAGAUACAGCCCCCUAAUGGUGGAGACCAGGUACUGACCUAGUGCUGCUGCUUUAUCAUUCAACAGAAAUGUGUUAACCAUGUAAUGUAGGUUUUGGAUUUUUGUUAAAGGACUCUAGACAUGUGAGGAAACAGUCCCAAGUCCAUUUCACCUAAGAAACUCAUUGUAAGGAUGAGGGAACAAGGAAGUACAAUUCACUGUAUAACUCUACACACAGUUUGUGUAGGGCAGGGCCUUAACCUGCUUUAAUAGUUGUAGCUAGUGUACAGAGGACAAUUUAAGGGCUUUAUUUUAAGAAUCACUACAGUCAAUAGCUAAAAACAUAAGCACACAAACUGUGGAAAAUUACCUAUGGUGUUUCCAGAGUCAGAGGAUCAUGGCACAGCUGUGGUGCUGUUGGAAACUGGAUUACAUUUGUAGGAAAGCAUUAUCAAUAGAUGUUAGGGGCCCAAACAUCCAGAAAACAGUCAGGUAACUUGAUUUUGGCUCCAUGAAAACUCAGACUGUACUGGAGUGAUUGGAAAAAUGUUCCAACUUUUCUAAUACAAGGCCAGAACAAUUAAUUUUUCUAGUUUUACUUGCAAUUUGGGUAUUGGUGAUUUUGACAAAUACUGUUCCACUAAAAAAAAACACAGUGUCUUAAAUAGAGUCAAGUACACUUAUGAGUGUAUUUGUUUAAAUAAGACAAAGUGCAGUGGAAUCAGACUUAGUUAAUAAAUGCUGAUGUACAUGAAGCAUGUGACAUAAACGUCAAUCGUCACUUCCAGUGAAGUGACAAAAACAUCAGAUCUAUGUGAAGCUUCAUUUCCAUCAUGUUUUCCACAUGGUUUUUCAAUCAUUUGAGCUUUGACUGGAGCUCUUUUAAUGACCUCAUUUCGUUGUGUCCUCUUCUUAUGCAUUGGUUUAAUGGGAGCGACUGAAGAAUUAGCUUCCCCAACUGUCUAUCAUCAUGAAACCAACACCUGAUAUUCACAGAACAGUAGUGGAUGGAGAAGUGCAUUUAUUUGCAUUCUGUUUUGCUGAUUUUCUGGAAGGUUGGCUGAAAUUUGGAAACUUCAUACUAUCAUACGCUGUGGUGACUGGUUGAAGCUUACUUCUCCCACCUCAGCUCCACUUAGACUGGAGUUGCAUCAAACUUACAAGCACAUAGUUUCCACAAAGUAGAAAGUAGGAUUAAGAGCUUUACAUGAAGCGAUACUACUCUAGAAAAAAGCUAACCAGAAUACUACCGGCUGCAAAGGAAUGUAGGUCCAUGCAAAGUUGUCAUUCGCUGUCACAAACACAGAGACCAGUGUGGUGUCAAAAGUGUUAUAGAGACUUUUUCAUCGCAACAACAAAAAAAAUCUAGCCAACACACAGUAUUUUGGAAUCGUGAAAUGUGGGGUGGCAGUGAAGUUACACUGUGGCAAACAAAAGGCAGCAUCUAGUGAAUUCAUGUGUUUCGGAGGAGGCACAAAAAACAGACUGAGGACUGCUGUGCAACAAUUGUAAAGUGGGGAGAAAAAGUGGAAAAAUCCAUUCAAAAACACACAAAACAUCUAAUGCAUAUUUUAAAAUGACAUCAUUUUAUUUUCAUUUUAAAAGCUAAUUUUUGUGUUAAAUGACAUCAGAAUAUAGUUUUCCUUGUUAGGAACACAGCCUGUUGUACAGUUUACUCCACAAGUUAACUUUUUCAUAGAUGUUUCUCUUCAGGUCAAACCUGUACAGUUUGUAUAUUUAUGUUUCUUGUAAGUUUUAAAUUUGUUGGAAUUUAUUUUUUAUUUUUUUUUGAUUUUUACUGUUAACACCUCACAUGCACAAAGGGAGUGUCUGCUUAUGUUUGUCUCGGCCUCUUCCUUAGCAACUUCACAUUGCUUGCAUGAAACCCAGGCAAAUUCAAGACAGUUUUCUGGCAGAUGAAAACAAACUGCAUCUGUAGAUGUGAAGUUCUCAGUACAUACAGUAUGUAGGAGAGAUUUUUUGAAUAUAAGUUUGAAAUAUGGCACCAAAAUAAAUAAUGAAAGGAAUUAAGGACCUGUCUGCAAGUGUAAGUUUGGGAGAAAAAGUAACAUGAAAUAACAUGUAGCACACUUUAAUGUGGAAAAUACAAAGUACAGUAUUAGUUUUUUUUUUUAAAAACAAACAUGUUCUCAUUUAAUAAGAAUUUAGGUUUUGGCUGCACAGUAUGUGACUGUUUCCUUUUUUUUCUUUAUUUUGAUGUACAA